CGGCAGCGACUCCGGGGGUGACCAUUGCGCUCAGCCAAUGGGAGAGCGCGCGGGGGACGCGGUCAGGUGCCCGCGAGGCUGCGCAGGUGCAGCGUCCCUGAGACAGACGGCGACGCGGCGGGUCGUCCUCGCUGAGACUGCUACCCGCGGAGACAGAUUGUUUUACACUGAGCUGAUCCAGCACUUUGAAAAAUGACUUCCAAGCCUCUCUCCGUGUCUUUCACGAUUGUGAUACUAACUCUUUCAACGACGUUCUCUCUCCAAUCAGACCAGCAAAAGGUUCUACUAGUUUCAUUUGAUGGAUUCCGCUGGGAUUACUUAUAUAAAGUUCCAACACCCCAUUUUCAUGAUCUCCUGACACAUGGUGUUCAUGUGAAGCAAGUCACAAACAUUUUUAUCACAAAGACCUACCCCAACCACUAUACCCUGGUCACUGGCCUCUUUGCCGAGAAUCAUGGGAUUGUUGCAAAUGACAUGUUUGAUCCUGUUCUGAACAAAUCUUUCUCCUUGGACCACAUGAAUAUUUAUGAUUCUGAGUUUUGGGAAGAGGCCAUACCUAUAUGGAUCACAAAUCAGAAGGCAGGACAUGCCACUGGCUCAGCCAUGUGGCCUGGGGCUGACGUAAAGAUUCAUAAGAGUUUUCCAACUCACUACAUGCCUUACAAUGAGUCCGUUUCCUUUGAAGAAAGAGUUGCCAAAAUCAUAGAAUGGUUCACAUCAGAAGAGCCCAUAAAUCUUGGUCUUCUCUACUGGGAAGACCCUGAUGACAUGGGCCACCAGUUGGGACCUGAUAAUCCGCUCAUGGGGCCUGUCAUUUCAGAUAUUGACCGCAAGCUAGGCUAUCUCAUACAAAGGCUGAAGGAAGCAAAGCUGUGGGACGUGGUGAACCUCAUUGUCACAAGUGACCAUGGAAUGACCCAGUGUUCUAAGGAAAGGGUGAUAGAGCUUGACCAGUAUCUGGAUAGAGAUCAUUACACCCUGAUUGACCAAUCUCCAGUAGCUGCCAUUUUGCCAAAAGAAGGUAAACUUGAUGAAGUCUAUGAAGCACUGGCUGAUGCUCAUCCUAACCUUACUGUUUACAAAAAAGAGGAGAUUCCAGAGAGGUGGCAUUACAAAUACAACAAGCGGAUCCAGCCGGUCGUGGCGGUGGCUGACGAAGGGUGGUAUAUUUUACAGAAUAAGUCAGAUGAAUUUCUGUUAGGCAACCAUGGUUAUGAUAAUGCAUUAGCAGAAAUGCAUCCAAUAUUUUUAGCCCACGGUCCUGCCUUCCGAAAGAAUUUCACAAAAGAAGCCAUGAACUCCACAGAUCUGUACCCCCUGCUGUGCCAUCUCCUCAAUAUCACCGCCCUGCCACACAAUGGAUCCCUCAGCAAUGUCCAAGACCUGCUCAGUUCUGCAGUUCCAAAGGCAAUUGCUUACACACAGAGCACGACCCUCCUGGGGGGUGACCACCUAGGAGAGCUUGGGCAAGAGGAGUCUUACCCUUACUUCCUUGGGGUCUCUCUUGGUUGCAUUAUAGUGAUUGUAUUUUUUGUCAUUUUCAUUAAACAUUUAAUUCACAGUCAACUACCUGCCUUACAAGAUAUGCAGGCUGAAAUUACUCAACCAUUACUACAAGCUUAAUGCUUCUCUUGAGAAUGGAAUUGCAUAUUGGAGAUUGCACAAUUAUGUCAAUGUUUCAGUUUCAAAUUCUAAAAACCAGUUUCAGGUAUCUGCAGAGGCCACCAAGUGGUUAAUACAUAGCACACACAUGCACACACACCAAAACACUUGUCCCUGCAGAGCAUUAAAAACAUGAGAGUAUUUUCCCCAUAUUCUCUCUCCGUUAGGGAUAGACAAGUCCUGUUUUUAUGUGACCUUAGCACAUGACAUACAUAUUCAAAGACUUUGCACUAAAGUACCUUAUUGCACUUUACUCUUGGGUGAGUUCUUUGAAAUGCACUUUACAAAUAGUUCUGUUUUAUAACGGGUGAACAAUUUCUUGCACCCAUGUUGCAGAAUACUUGUAUUUCAUGGAAUUUCUAAUCAUUCCUGAAGAAUGUAGGACUCUCCUUAAUUUGGUAGAACAAGAAGAAAGGAACCUGUUGAAAUCAAUGAGAUCAACUUUGUGCCCUGGGUUUGGAGGGACACAUUCCCAGCAGCAGGCCGCAUCUGUGGGUGUCUGUCAUAGUUCUUUCCAAAGGAUAUAGGACUUCAUUUACGUUUUUUUCUCCAAAGAGACUUUCAUACUGACAGCCUCACCAUAAACAUUAUUUCUCUGAUAGAAUCCAAUGAGUUAUUGCUGUUCCUGCUUAGUCAUGUACUCUGAUUUUUAUAAUAGGGAAGACUCCAUGAUCAGAGGUUUCUUUUCCAUGUAGCCCAGCAGUGGCCUGAGGAGCGGAGGUCAGACACCAUCUCCACAGUGUUUUCUACUGUCUGUAAUUAUUUGCUUCUUUGGAAAUUAAAUCUCUGUUAAUCACAUUAAAAAUCAUAUGAGGUAAAA